CGACUCCUCCACAUUCCUGCCGCCAAUCUGCAAGCCAGGCCAUCCAGGCACAACCUCAGUCUACAAAUUCAUAUUCCCAUUCCCAUUUUUAUUCCUACUCGUCACACGUCGCAAUGUCAAACACCAUCUAUGAAGCGCUUGAGCGCGCCGUGAAGGAGUCCAACGAGAGAGUGAGCCUUCGGGCCAAGACAAGACAACAAGCCCCAAUGGAACCUUCUCCCAAGACGACGUCUUCGAGGUAUCCUUCACAGGCGGACACCAACACCGCCGCAAAGCCUCCCUCGCGCGCCACCCCUCCGACACCAUGAGCCUGACCACCCGCCCCGAAAACGGCCGCAGGAUGACGGAUUGCAUCGUGCACACGCUGCUGGAGAAGCACGAAGGGCGCCCGGUGGAAGACCACGUCGCAUCCUACGAGGGGCUGGCGCAGGAGCGGCGCAUGGAUAAAGAUCCACAUGCCCUGGCCGACCAGACGCAGCACUCGCGGCUGCUGACCAAGAAGCAGAUCUCGGAUAUGGCGUAUGGGAUUCGCGAUCUGUCGAAGAAGUUGAGCCAGAUUCGAUUGAAGCUCAAUGUUAAGAAUAUUUUUAUUCUGGGGAAGGCGCAUGAUGAGGCGUUGAUUGGGUAUUCGCGCGAGACGGUGGAUUGGCUGUUGACUAAGAAUCCGGGGUUUAAUGUGUAUGUCGAGCAUACGAUGGAGAAUAACAAGAUCUUCGAUGCAGCUGGAUUACUGGAGAAGAACCCGUCGUACAAGGGGCACCUGAAGUUCUGGACGAACGAGAUGUGCGCGCGAGAGCCACAAACGUUUGAUAUCAUUCUAGCUCUCGGCGGCGACGGCACCGUGCUCUACGCAUCCUGGCUCUUCCAACGCAUUGUCCCACCCGUCCUCGCCUUCUCCCUGGGCUCCCUCGGUUUCCUCACAAAAUUCGACUUCGAAGAGUACCCCGUCACGCUGACGCGCGCCUUCGAAGAGGGCAUCACAGUGAACCUGCGUCUCCGCUUCGAAGCAACCAUCAUGCGGUCCCAAGAGCGCGACGGCGACAAGCGCGAUCUAGUCGAGGAGCUGAUCGGCGAGGAAGCAGAGGACCACCACACGCACAAGCCCGACGGCACGCACAACAUUCUCAACGAGGUGGUGGUAGACCGCGGCCCGAACCCGACAAUGUCCUCGAUCGAACUCUUCGGCGAUGAUGAGCAUUUCACUACCAUCCAGGCAGAUGGAAUUUGUAUCUCCACGCCCACAGGCAGUACGGCGUAUAAUCUCGCUGCCGGCGGCUCGCUCUGCCACCCCGACAACCCCGUCGUACUUCUGACCGCCAUCUGCGCACACACACUUUCCUUCCGUCCAAUCAUCCUGCCCGACACGAUUGUGCUGCGCGCAGGCGUGCCGUACGACGCAAGAACCAGCUCGUGGGCCAGUUUCGACGGGAGAGAGCGCGUCGAACUCAAGCCCGGCGACUACGUGACCAUCAGCGCCAGUCGGUUCCCGUAUCCGUGUGUGCUGCCGUUGGAUCGUAGGGGCACGGAUUGGAUCGAUAGCAUUAGUCGGUCACUGCAGUGGAAUUCGCGGCAGAAGCAGAAGGCGUUUAAGGAGUGGAGUUCGUAGUAGCAGUAGUGGUAGGUUGAUGUAUUUCGGAUUUGUAGUAGAUGGGGCAGAAAAUAAAAAUGGGUAUCUCGGAAUUAUUAUCAAACUCA